UAAACAAACAGCAAUUGAUUGACAGCUUGCGUGAAAGAUGAGCCAGCAACCUGGGCAGGGCACCUUUAUGAAACUCAACAUUUUAAAAACCGUUAAUUUACAGAUUUAGCAUAUGCCAGAUUAUUUUCCAAUCCACCUUCCCUUUUAACGAUACCAAAAAUAGCGUUCUGGAGUCCAAGAUCUCAUUCAUUGUCCUUUCCUUCCCUUCCCUUGGCCCAAUUGAGAAAUGAAUUCCAACUUCAAUUUCGAUUUCGAUCUCGGCAUCGGAUCCAACCGUCCCAAAUCUCUUAACGACCAGAAAAACCCCAAACCAACUUCCUCCUAUUCCUCUGCCCAACCCGCAUGGACCCACCGACCCGCCCCCACUCAGACCACCGCCUUGCCCGGUGGGCCCCCCUCCAUGGUCGGAGACAUCUUCGGCAAGAGUUGGGGAACCCCUCAACCUUCUUCCGCUUCCAAAAACAUCGGGAUCGUUAAUAAGAACCCUAACCUUUUCGGAGAUUUGGUAAGUUCUGCUCUGGGCCUGGGUUCCAAGACCAACGUUCCUCUCAAAAAUGCUCCCGCGCCCAAUAAAACAACAACCUUCUCAAUGGGAAACAUGGCUGAUUCUUUGCCCAAAACAGGCUCCACGCCACAGAGCAGUGCUAGUUGGGCAUCAUCCUCUGGGGGUUUUAAUGUCAAUGCCAAUAAAACCACUCCCAAUCUUGGGGGUCCUUCAUUGCGAAACAUGGGCUCUGGAAUCGGAACCAAUUCUAAUACUAACAAGGAUCCCUUCAGUUCUCUGUCUGGUAUUGGAUCCAAGCAAUCUUCUACUCUUAACUCAGCUGCUAAAGGACCAAAGGUUGAUUUGGGGGACGAUGGUUUUGGAGAUUUUCAAAAUGCUUCCAAACCCAGCUCCGCUGCGUUCCCAUCCACUGCUUCUCCUGGAAUUGAUAUCAAUUUUACUAGAUCUACUGCUGCUGCUGCUUCCAAUCAGGGAUCAGGUGGUGGUGGUGAUCCAAUGGACAUGUUUUUCACGACGAUUUCUUCCUCGGCCUCAGGUGAAGGUGCUGCUGCGGCCUCUGAUGGAUUUGGAGGACAGGACAAUUGGGGUUUGGAUUCGGAGUUUGGUGGGGGAGGCCAAGAUGUGGGUGGCACCACUACUGAGCUUGAGGGGCUGCCUCCUCCUCCUGCUGGGGUCUCAGGCUCCACUGCCAAAGGCAAGGGGAUGGACAGUUACAAGCAGGGACAGUUUGCCGAUGCUAUUAAGUGGCUUUCGUGGGCUGUCGUCCUUCUAGAGAAAGCUGGGGAUAGUGCCACCACUGGGGAGGUUUUGUCGUCCAGGGCUUCCUGUUACAAAGAAGUUGGGGAGUAUAAAAAGGCAGUGGCAGAUUGUACAAAGGUUCUUGAAAAUGAUGAAACCAAUGUAUCUGUCCUGGUACAGCGUGCUCUGUUGUAUGAGAGUAUGGAAAAGUACAGACUUGGUGCUGAAGACCUUAGGACCGUGCUGAAGAUUGAUCCUGGUAAUAGGAUUGCUAGAGGCACCGUUCACCGGUUGGCUAAGAUGGCUGAUUAGGAAUUCUUUUGUCCUUUUCUCUUUUUCCUUUGAUUAUCAUGCCAUAUAGGUUUUUACAUCACCAACAACCCCCAUUUCCUUUGGCCUUAUAGUUAGGGGGUGAUAGGUAAGGACUGCUUUUUGAAUGCUGUCACCCUUCAUAUGAUAUGUGAUGUAUGGUUUAUUUCAUUCUGGCUAUGUCUUGAAAUUAAAAUUCUCAUUGCCAUCACCCAAAUUUGCCCUUAAUAGAAUUGCCAUAUUCUUUUUCUAUUUGUUAUCUCGUGUUUGGAUUGUUUGCAUAUUAAGAAAGACAUUUGUUAUUUCCUAAAAUUAUGAAUAGAGAAUGCGUUCCGGUUACACUUA